GCAACUGAACUGUGUGCCUUCAUUUCUGGACUGGAUUCCCUCCGAGUGUAACGCUUUCAGGAGAACAGAAUGGUGGCUCUGGGUUUGGAGAUCCUGGGCGUCACAUUGGCGUCUCUCGGAUGGAUCGUUGGCAUCGUGUCCUGUGCCCUGCCCAUGUGGAGGGUGACGGCCUUCAUCGGCUCAAACAUCGUAACGGCGCAGAUCAUCUGGGAGGGCAUCUGGAUGAGCUGUGUGGUGCAGAGCACGGGGCAGAUGCAGUGUAAGGUCUACGACUCCAUGCUGGCGCUCAGCUCUGACCUGCAGGCUGCCCGGGCCCUCUGCGUGAUCUCCAUCUUGCUGGGUGUCCUGGGAGUCUUAGUGUCUGUUGUAGGAGCCAAGUGCACUAACUGCAUAGAGGAGGAGCAGACCAAGGCCAAGGUGAUGAUUGCAGCCGGUGCGACUUUUGUCUGUGCUGCGGUUAUGCAGCUGAUCCCUGUCUCCUGGUCGGCCCAUGCGAUCAUCAUGGACUUCUACAACCCGCUCAUUACUGAGGCACAGAAAAGGGAGAUAGGCGCAUCUCUGUACCUGGGCUGGGCGUCUGCCGCUCUGCUACUGAUCGGGGGAGUGAUUCUGUGCUGCAGCUGCCCCCCACGAGAGGAAAAGAGGUACGGUCCGGCAGGCAGGAUGGUCUACUCCACCACGCGGUCAGUGGCACCCAGCGGCUAUGACAGGAAAGACUAUGUGUGAAUUAUGGUAUUGGUAUGAGGGACUUUUGGAAACCUUGCACUUGCUUUGAUCAGACUGAGAGACUGAUAACACUGACCCAAAAAGAGAAAAAAAAAAAACGCACUUGGAAAAUCGAUGUGUUUCCAAAUAAAGCAAACGGGUUACUGUAACUACUGAGUAAAUAUUCUUGUUUUGUUACAUCUAAAAGUUACGUGUAAAGGUUAUGUUCUACAUAUUCUGGUUGUGGUUUGCAUAUUAACUGUACAGCAAUUUUGUUUUUGGUUGUUUUUUUUUCUUCUUGUGUGUGUCUGUGUGUGUGUGUGUGGGUGUGUGUGUGUGUGGGGGGCUAUGGUUUUAGAAUUGAUUAUUACACAAACUGCUUUUUAAACAAUUUACUCAGACCAAUUAGAACUGUAUUUGUGUAAUUCAUUUUUUAUUUUAGUAGAAAUUUGUUCAGAAUAUCCUCUAUCAGAGUAUAACAAACAAAUGUUUCCUAAAAUGAGUGGUUGUUGUUUUAAAACUAUUAAAAAAGACUUUUGAGAUA